UAUUGAUAAAUGUAUUUGAUAUAAAAUGAAACAAUAUUUGCUGGUUAGACUAAAGCUAUAUGACCUUUUAUUUAUUUCCCUAUUUUCACAUCGGACACAUCCCAAUGCGACACCGCUGACGCUAGUCGUCAUUUGUCCUGGGUCUUCGAAACACUGUGUAACUACAGGACGAGGGAGGACAGCAUUGUGUUAAAAAGUCCUCGUCAUGGAGCUGGCUCACAGUCUGCUGCUCAAUGAGGAUGCUCUGGCCCAGAUUACUGAAGCCAAGAGGCCCGUCUUCAUCUUCGAAUGGCUCCGCUUCUUGGAUAAAGUUAUUGUGGCCGAGAAUAAGGUUGAUGUGAAAGAGAAGCAGAAGAAGCUGGUGGAACAGCUGACAGGCCUAAUCAGCAGUGCCCCAGGUCCUCCAACAAGAAAACUGCUGGCCAAAAACCUUGCUACCCUCUACAGCAUCGGCGACACUUUCACUGUUUUUCAGACUUUGGAUAAAUGUAAUGACAUCAUCAAAAGCAAGGACGACACACCUGCAUACUUGCCUACAAAACUUGCUGCAGUGGCAUGUGUUGGAGCUUUUUAUCAAAAGAUGGGCAGGAUGCUGGGGAGCUCCUUUCCAGACACGAUUAAUAACCUAUUGAAGGCCUUAAAAAGUGCAGAGUCACAAGGCAGAGGGGAGAUCCUCCUUAGCUUACAGAAGGUGCUCAGUGGACUGGGUGGAGCUGCAGCAUCAUGUCACAGAGAUAUCUACAAGAAUGCACGCUCGCUACUCACAGACAGGUCAAUGGCUGUGCGCUGUGCAGUCGCAAAGUGCCUAUUGGAGCUGCAGAAUGAGGCAGUAUUCAUGUGGACCACAGAGCUGGAGAACGUAGCCACUUUGUGUUUCAAGGCCCUGGAGGGAUCUAAUUAUGGUGUUCGAGUAGUAGUGGCCAAGUUGCUGGGGACCGUCAUGGCUACUGCACUGAUGCCCAAACAAGCAGCUGUGAUGCGUCAGAAUGUGAAGCGAGCUACUCUGGAGGAGGUGCUCGAGCUAAUGGCUACAGGCUUUUUGCGUGGUGGAUCUGGCUUCCUGAAGAGCGGAGGCGAAAUGUUAAAGGGUGGUGGCUCUGUCAGCAGGGAGGUGCGGGUGGGCGUUACACAGGCCUAUGUUGUGUUUGUGACUACACUUGGUGGUCAGUGGCUGGAGCGCAACUUUGCCACCUUCUUGUCACAUGUUUUGGACCUGGUAUCUCACCCACGGGCCACCCAGACACAUGUUGAGGCUGUGUACUCGCGCCGCUGCGUCUCUUUCAUGCUACGCGCCACCCUGGGGGGUUUACUCGGAGAGAAAGCUCAAAUCGCAGCAGGCAAAGAAAUCUGCCAAGCCAUCAGCAAGCAAAUGAGGGCUGUGGGUAAGGAGGAUGGGGGGGAAAUAUCACGGUUCAGAGCAUUACAGAAGGCAGUUGUGAAUGACAUCAGUGGUGAGAACAAAGCAGGGGCAGCUGACGUCUCUGCCAGUCAGCAUGUUAUGGUGUGUGCACUGAAAGAGUUGGGAAGUCUAGUUCAGAGUCUGAGUGCCACAGCUUCCCCACUAAUCCAGGAACCGUCCAUAGGACUUCUUGAAACUGUGACUUCAGUGCUGCUGCAUCCAAGCAUGGCAGCUCGUUUGGCCGCUGCGUGGUGCCUGCGCUGUGUCGCCGUGGCACUGCCGUAUCAGUUGACCCCACUGCUUGACCGCUGUGCAGAGAGAAUAAACAACCUGAAGAGCUCACCUGAGGCUGUGAGUGGCUACAGCUUUGCCAUGGCUGCCCUGCUGGGAGGGGUACAUCAGUGUCCACUGGGUAUCCCCCAGUCCAAAGGAAAGUUGGUGGUGAGUAUAGCUGAAGACCUCCUGCGGACAGCAGCUCAGAAUAGUCGACUGUCUCUUCAGCGCACACAGGCUGGAUGGCUCCUGCUGGGCGCCCUCAUGACCCUAGGUUCCUCCCUGGUGCGCUAUCACCUCCCCAAGAUGCUGCUCCUAUGGAGGAAUGUGUUUCCUCGCUCUCAGAAAGAACUGGAGGCAGAAAAGGCCAGAGGAGACUCUUUCACUUGGCAGGUCACCCUGGAGGGCCGAGCCGGAGCCCUGUGUGCCAUGCGUAGUUUUGUGGCCCACUGUCCUGAGCUUCUCACAGAAGAUGUGAUCAGAAGACUGAUGACUCCCAUUGAAUGUGCUAUGACAAUGAUGUCUCAGGUCCCUGCCAUCAUAAAGGUCCAUGGAGCUCACCUCAAAGCAAGUGCGGCGAUGGUGAGGCUCAGGUUGUACGACAUCCUGGCUCUUUUACCUCCUAAGUCCUAUGAAGGUAGCUUCAACGCCCUUCUGAGGGAGCUGGUGGCUGAGUUCACUUUGACUGACAACUCGGCCAACACCACCACAUCUUUGUUGCGUUCCCUCUGUCACUAUGAUGACAGCGUUCUCAUGGGCUCCUGGCUACAGGAAACCGACCACAAAUGCAUAGAGGAUCAGCUGCAGCCCAAUAGUGCGUCUGGCAGUGGAGCGCUGGAGCAUGAUCCCUCCUCCAUCUACCUGCGUAUCCCUGUUGGUGAGGCCAUUCCUGGGCCUCUUCCUUUGGGUGUGUCGGUUAUUGAUGCGUCAGUGGCCUUGUUUGGUGUGGUUUUCCCCCAUGUCUCCUUCAAACACAGACUGCAGAUGCUAGAUCACUUUGCAGAGUGCAUCAAGCAGGCUAAAGGUGUUCGGCAGCAGGCAGUCCAACUGAACAUCUUUACUGCAGUACUUAGUGCUCUCAAGGGCUUAGCAGAAAAUAAGAGUACCUUGGGUCCUGAGGAGGUACGUAAGUCAGCCCUUGCCCUGGUGAUGGGAGCGUUGGACAAUCCAAACCCCAUCCUACGCUGUGCUGCUGGAGAGGCACUGGGCAGGAUGGCUCAGGUGGUGGGAGAGGCUACUUUCAUUGCCAGAAUGGCUCAGACCAGCUUUGACAAACUGAAGUCGGCCCGCGAUGUUGUUUCAAGGACAGGCCAUUCGCUGGCUCUUGGCUGUCUACAUCGAUAUGUUGGAGGAAUUGGCUCUGGUCAGCACUUAAAGACCAGUGUCAGCAUUUUAUUGGCUCUGGCACAGGAUGGAUCCUCUCAUGAGGUUCAGACAUGGGCUUUACACUCCCUGGCUUUGAUCGUGGACUCCAGUGGUCCUAUGUACAGAGGCUACGUGGAGCCCACUCUGUCCCUGGUGCUCACCCUGCUCCUCACUGUCCCCCCAUCUCACACAGAAGUGCACCAGUGUUUGGGCCGCUGUUUAGGAGCUCUCAUCACUACUGUAGGCCCAGAAUUACAGGGAAAUGGAGCCACUAUCUCCACGAUCCGCUCAUCCUGCCUGGUUGGCUGUGCUAUAAUGCAGGACCACUCUGAUUCCCUCGUACAGGCUGCUGCCAUCUCAUGUUUGCAACAGCUACACAUGUUUGCACCACGACAUGUCAACCUGUCCAGCCUGGUGCCCUGUCUCUGUGUGCACCUAUGCAGCUCUCACCUGCUGCUGCGGCGUGCUGCUGUCGCCUGCCUGAGACAACUUGCCCAGAGAGAGGCUGCAGAAGUUUGUGAAUAUGCUAUGAGCCUAGCAAAGAGAGCAGGAGACAACACUACCAUCAAUCUGAACAUCACAGAGACAGGACUGGAGGGUGUGCUGUUUGGAAUGCUGGACCGUGAGACGGAUAGGAAGCUGUGCUCUGAUAUUCAUGACACAUUAGGCCACAUGCUGUCCUCUCUUGCUGUUGAAAAGCUUUCUCAUUGGCUUAAACUUUGCAAGGAUGUCCUGGCAGCAACUACAGAUGUGGGAGGAGCUGUUGCAUUUGAGGUGGAAAAGGAUGAGGAAGAAUCAGAGAAGAAAGACGAGAUGGAUGAUGACACCAUGUUCACAGGCCUGGGUGAAGAUGACAAGUCCAAACCCUCUGUGGCUCCACGCUGGGUUACACGGGUGUUUGCCGCUGACUGCUUGUGCCGCAUCAUCCUACUUUGUGAGAAUGCAAACAAAGCACAUUUUGACCUGGCAGCUGCUCGAUCCGCACAGGCUAAGAACCCCAAAGGAGAUCUGCUGGUGCUCCAUUUGUCUGACCUCAUCCGCAUGGCCUUCAUGGCAGCCACAGAUCAUAGUAACCAGCUGAGGAUGGCUGGCCUUCAGGCCCUAGAGGAUAUCAUUAAAAAGUUUGCAUCUGUACCAGAGCCUGAGUUCCCAGGGCAUGUUAUCCUGGAACAAUACCAGGCCAAUGUUGGAGCUGCACUCAGACCUGCAUUUUCACCUGAUACACCCUCUGACAUAACAGCCAAGGCAUGCCAGGUGUGCAGUACAUGGAUUGGAAGUGGUGUAGUCAGUGACCUCAAUGACCUGCGGAGAGUCCACAACCUGCUUGUGUCAUCUUUAGACAAAGUGCAGACUGGGAAAGGCUCAUCUAGUCAACUGUACAGUGAAAGUGCAACCACAAUGGAGAAACUGGCUGUGCUGAAGGCAUGGGCUGAGGUGUAUGUGGUGGCAAUGAAAAUUAAAAAAGAAGCAGAGUCUAAACCCUCUAAGCCGGUCAGAAGUGGAGAUGACGACGAAGAUGAGGAGGAUCUAGGCGCCGACGUGCUGCCACCCGAUAGCCUCAUCACCUUGGUGCAGCCGGAACUGCCUUCGUUGAGCCGCCUUUGGCUGGCUAUGCUGCGAGACUAUGCUCUGCUCACACUGCCGGCUGAGUUCUCCAGUCAGCUGCCCCCUGAUGGUGGAGCAUUCUAUACUCCGGAGACUAUAGACACAGCAAGGCUGCAUUACCGCAGUUCAUGGGCCCCUGUGCUGCAUGCUGUGGCCCUGUGGCUGAGCAGCACUGGGUUUGGAGCUGGUGAAGAAAAAGAAGAAAUGUCCUCGGCUCCUUUAAAGACUCCUGCCCUCCCUCAAGGAGCCUCCUCCACUACAAAAACCUUUGAGGAGUCUGCGAAAGACAGGAUGCAUCUUAUGUUGGGUGUCAGUAUAGAGUUUCUUUGCUUCCCACGUCCUGAGGAGCCCAUUGAACAUGUGAUGUCCUGCCUGCAGGCACUGUGCACUCUGCUUGAAUCCCCCUGCGCCAAGACCCACAUUGCAGAGGACCAGCAGUUGGCAGUGGAGCUCCUCAAUGUGCUUCACAGGCUGCUAUUGACGCGGGAUCCUCCUGCAGUACAGCUCCAAGUCACUGCAGUGGUACAGGAGACCAUCAGGGCUGCACAGGAUCAUCUUCAGCGACAGAGGAGCAGCAAAGACAAAGAGGAAGAAGGCAAGAAAGACUUCCAGCCCAGCCUAGGGGAAGGAGAAAACACAGGGGAGCUGGUCCCGGGAAAGUCUUUGGUGUUUGCAGCCAUGGAGCUGCUUGUGUUUAUCCUGGUCCGCCACUUACCACAGCUUAAUACGCGUGUGAAGGAAUCACCCAGCCAUGCCCCACUCAGACCUCAACGACUCUCAGACGAAAGUGCACAGCUGGUGGCCAACACAGUUUCCAUCCUGGCAGAGCUGCCCUCCCUCUGCUCUCCUGCUGGAAGCAUGACCAUCCUACCUACAGUGCUCUUCCUAAUCACUGGGGUACUGAGGGAGACUGCACUUAAGACUUCUGACAACUCUGUGCCUGUGCCGGUAGCAGCUGCCCUGCAGGGCAUAAAGACCAUCAUAACCUCUGCACUGGUGCGGGUGGAGAGCAUACACACACAGUGGACUGGACUAGUCAGGAGCAGCCUGGCAUCUGUGCUCGAGUACUCACAGCCAGAUGAUUCCAGACCUGAUAUGGAUCAGGUCAGUAUGCUGACAGCGAUGACACUCUUUCUGCUCUCAGCCAACAACGAGCUUGUUGGAGUGACUGUCCUGCAGAAGGGCUGCAUAGACUGCUUCCAGAAUGGCCUCAAUUCCAGUGAUCCAUGGGUUCAGGCCCGGUGUUACCAGCUGCUGUUGUCAGUGUUUCAGCACUCCAGCCGUGCUCUCUCUACCCCAUACAUCCACGCCCUGGCUCCACUCAUGGUGGAGAAACUGAAGGCAGUGGAGUUUAGUCGGCCAGGUACUGCUGCCGAGCUGCAGGCUGUGCAGGAGGGCAUUAGGGUUUUAGAGAACCUGGUCAGCAUGGGUGAAGAACAGAACCGGGUUCAGUUGCUUGCUCUUCUUGUACCAACUCUCGUUUCCUACCUUUUGGAUGAAAAUGCCAUAUCCUCUGCGCCCCAAGUCUCCAAGGGCCUGCAUGAUUUUGCCCUUCAGAACUUAAUGUGGAUUGGUCCCCUCUAUCCAGCUGCCUUCAAAGUAGUAAUUGGUGCAGCACCUGAGCUUAAAACCCGCCUGGAAUCUGCUAUACGGGCAAAUCAGGCAAGCAGCAAAGCCAAAGCUGCAGCCAGGCAAGCUCAGCCAACUGUGCAAACUGCACCAACCAUCAAACUCAAGAAAAGCUUCUUCUGAACACUCCCAAAAAUGCACUGCACAUUCUCACAGCCUAUCUGACUAAAAGUCUGUUUUCUGUCUGCAAGUACCACAUGCCAUAUCUGUAUCUCCAUCUGUACCUGUACUACAUCUUAUUAAAUGUAUUUAUUUAUUCAACAUCUCAUUUUUGUAUUUGUUGAAUAGAAAUUGACCUUGGCGUUAUGAAGAAAAUAAUGUGAAUUUUUUAAAAAUCUUCUGAAUGUUUACUGUAGGAAAUGUAAUUUCAGGAGUUUGUGCACAUGUGUAAAGGGACUCCAUUUACAAUGUUAUUUUUUCCUUCAGGUUUGGUUAUUUCUGUCGUGUCGCCAUUAACAUGUUAUUCUGUGAUGUUACAUCAAAAUAAGCAUGAGCUAUUUUAUUUCUUUAGAUUGCAAAUUGUGUGUUUAUGAUUUAAUGGAGCUGGUUUGCUGCUUGACACAACCACAAUGACUGUAGCUGUACCUUAUUCCUAUGUUUACUAGUAUGUGUCUUCUUAUUUUGUUUUUCUUAUUCUUAAUUUAGGGUGUAAACAUUCCUACUAUAUGUUCUGUUGUUGUAGUCAAAAUAUUCCCACAGACAGUUGAUUGAAUUUGGUAAAUGAGAAAUGGUACAUCAUGUAAUGUAAGUGUUGCAAAUCAUUUACGUUGUUUUCAUUUCACUUGAUUGUGGUCCACUAUGAGUGAUGGAGACUGUAGUUGAGUCCAUAUCAGCUAUUACAGUUAUCACAAAUUGGCAUAGUUGUUCAAAUAAAUAAGUUGUUAAAAAAUAUUCCUUGUAAAAUUAUUUCAAACAUGAAUAAAAUUUGGAUGACGUCG